AUGCUAUCCCCCGGUUCCAACACACUCGAAGUGAUCCACAUUCAGCAAAAUGAGAAAACGGCGUCCGUCAAGAUAACCCUCCACUACUUCCCCCUGCUACAGUAUCCGCCACUUCAUCUAGCUAUCAUGGUGGCAAAGGACUCGCCGCUCCUAAUGGACUGUCCACCUCAGAAAGCCGGCGGUCUUUCGUCGGCGCACUCCGAUCUAUCUGCCGCAAUUGAAAAGUUUCGAAUGACUGCCUACAUGUGGCAAGCUAUGACUGCCGAGGACAUGAGGGUAAAAGGACUGGGGCGGCGUACCUUCCGCCUAGAGGAAGAGUGGACUACCGACACGGUCAGCCGGGAUUUUGUCAAUGCAAGACACUCAGAAUACCACGCUUGCGAUAACGAGGAUGCCAUACGGUCAACGGCCAAAGUCAAUGUCGUGAGAUCUUCAAAGACGAAGAAGGAAAUUCUGUAUGCCGAAGGAAAAGACAACAUGCCCACGGGUACUAGCGAGCUGUUUGACAUCUUUCUGGACGCACUCGCAACGUAUGGUGGCCAAUUCGACACUCUGUCAUCUCCUGUUGUGGCAGGCUUGAUCCUGGAUGCGCACUACAACAAGUGCACCGAGCAAGCUUUUGGACACGUAAGUACUGGCCGUCACAACUACUCAGGAAUUUCUUUGGGCACUUUCGGUAGUCACCUGACGUAUUCCUGGCCGCGUUUCACAGAAGAGAUCAACAGCUGCUUGACAGAUGCUCGAGUACCUGGAGCGAAGCUUUCGAAUGGCAAAUCUACCAUAUGGGAAUCUUGCGCCUUCGGUCAAUCGUCCUUCUUGUCUGCUGUAGGCCUCGCCUUUGGUGUAAACCGCAACAACAGCCACAGCGAACGUGAAGCCGCACAGGACUGGCGAGAGCACUUCAUGUCUGGAGCGGCGAAGUCCGACGCAUCGACCGAUGACCAAACAAUGACUGACUGUACGAGUUGGGACCUGAAAGACGCGCUCAAUCUACGGCUUUCCCCUCACUUUCUCCUGCCCUCAGACAAACGCUUUACAGACGAGGAACGCACGUCUGAGCCUGUAGUUGAGCCAAAGUUCACCGAAAACGAGCAGGGCGAGCUUGACGCAAUUCUUCAUAUCAGAUCUCCUGUUGGCAUCGCACGCAUCUCCUUCAACCAGGUACAUGAAGCUACGCCUUCCAUCAACUCACCAGCUAGCGAACGGGACUAUCGCCAAGACGAGCUUGAGCAACGCUUCGAUCGAUCGCAACCUCUACGCCUUGACAUACUUGGCUUCAAUGGAAAAGAACUCGCCAUCGGCGAUCUGUGGAAGACCUUGACUGUGAAAACUUUUGUUCGCAUUCCUGGUAGCCCUAUCCGCCUCUUCAAGCGCUCCGUCUACACCGACUCAGUGGAGAUUAACCCAAACGACCACAUGUGUGAAUGGGCACAACUCUUGAAAGAACGCGGUGCAGACGGCAACAUACAUCGUGCAAUUUCGAUCGAUUUGCGAGUGGGUUGUUGGUGGGACGGUGGUGUAGUCGAGUACGCAGACGGACACAAGAGCCAUUGGGGUCCUAUGCGCACAAAUGGGCGUGAACACCGCUUCGGCGGUCACGCCUCACAGACCAUCGACUUGCCGCCCAAUGUCAAUGUCAAGCGCAUCGAGGUCAACAGGGGUCGUGAUGAACAUUACAUGCAAGGUAUCCGGAUGCGCCUAACGGACCGCACUGUGCGCGGAGAGCUCAAUGCUAGAGGUGACGCCGACUCGAAUGUUGUCCGUCUGGAGCCUGCGUCACACGAGGUUAUUGUUGGGUUCUACGGUAAGAGUGGUGAGAACGAUGGGGUCGUGGAGUUUGGCAUCAUUACGGUGGCGAAGAGCGUUGGCCUUGAUGGACUUCCAGAAUCUGUCUUCGACCUGCCCGAGCUGAGAAACACAGUCGGUAUGGGCAACGACGUGUGA